GAGAAGGAGCCAAGUUUACAGGGAGCAACUGCUAAGUACAAAUAUCUCUUUAGUUCCAGGGAAAGAUAUUGUACCCAACGAAUGGAGGGAUCUAACUGAAUACGCUGUGUUUGGUACAAGAGAAGGGAAUAGUUUUCAUCCUUUCUGCUUUAUUCUUUAUGUUCUCUAAGAAGCUGGACUAUGCACUGACGGUAGCCCCUGAUCAGAGGUAUUAUAGAAACUGUACAGGAACAGGGUCAUGAUGUGGCAGCAUUCGGCACUCAGUACAGUGCUUAAUCUUUGGCUUGCCAUAUCUUUUGGCUCAGGCCAAAGUGGAGAUGACAUACUGGCAGAUUUAGGAUCAGGAUUUAUUAUUGAUACACUUCGAGACCAACCCAAAGAGCCUCCGACUAAAGACACAACACAGUGUCAUCUGACGUUUGUGACUCCCUCACAAGAGCCAUGUGCAGGGAAAGAUGAACGUUCUGUUAUUAAAGAAGACGUCACAUAUCUUCAGAACCUACUUAAGGACACAGACCGUGUAUUGCAAAGCCUAAAAUAUACAGUGAAUUCUGACACUCAAGAUUCUGGCUAUCAGGAAGUCAUUUCAGAACAUAACAAAGGAAUUCGAGAGGACAACAAAGAAUUCUAUGAGAUCUUAAACAAGAUGUUGCAAGAGCUAAAUGUUAACAUGGAUAGUGACAAUACAGAUAUUCCUGAUGCAAAAAAAAAAUUAAGAAAAAGCUUCCAUGUGAUGGAUCACGUACUGCAAACCACCUCUCAUCUUGCUGAAAAACUGGACAAAACUUCUCAAGAUCUUGAUGAACUUCUAGAGAAGCAACUCCAAAGAUGUUCCUCCUUGGCCUAUAGAAACUUAGUAGGAUCUUGACCACUGAGUGCAUCAGAAAAUAAAUGCACUGGAUCAGCCACAGUGGUUUUAUUAUCUUAAAAAACUUCUAAUGUCACAGAGAUUCCUGCAGCUCUUAUGAGCCAUAUCAGAUCUCUGAAAAAUAUACGCAGGCUAUUUGUUUAUAUCCUGUACAGUAGUUCUGGGAAGUUUAAGAAUAAUUACUUUACAGUCUUAAGCUUUUUAUUUUUUAAUUCUAUAUAGCAACCAAUGGUUUUUUGUUUAUCAUAUUGAUGCUGCUUAUUAAGACAUCAGGACAUACUCCUGUCUUAAAAAUAUAAUGCAUCAAUCAAAUUAUGGUUUUGCUAAAUGAAGAUUACUUAUGUGUAUAUACUUAAUAGACUAUUCACAUAACAGGUCAUUGUGGAAUGAGAUAAUUAUCAGAUGCGUAGAGUGUACUUUAUAUCAACAAAUCCAGUCUAAGGUCAGAAUUGUCUUUUCAGUUUGGUAAACACCCUGUCACCGUAUAGAGAUGUGAGAAUGUCUUUGCCGGUCAGUAAGCAUAACUACAACAGUCUGAAACCCUUAAGUGCAUUUAUAUUUUUUGAUAUAUAUUUUACAUGAUUUUGAUGAUUUUACACGUAUGAUAGUGUAGUUGCCUUUAAUCAUUUUUCUGUCUUUGAACAUAGAUAGAUAUCCGGGACUAGUUGACUCAUGGAAAUUUGAACACCUGUUUUUAAUAUAUAUAUACUGUAUAUAUUUGUGCUGAUGAAGGGGAUAUAAGUUCCCUGAAAUGUCAAUAAACCUUUGACACUG